AUGGGAGUCAAUGUUAAAACGAAAAGGGGAAAGUCGAGAUUGUGCCCGUGCCCGUGCCCCGUGAUGGUAAAUUUGGACCAGUCUUUUCUCUAUGGUGCGACACAUGUGUUUCUUGCUGUAGGUGAAGCCGUCGAAGCACAUGGUCUGAUUGGUCAUGGCACCGCUGAAGAACGCCUGCAAGUCAAUGGGUGUUGUUUGUUUCGCACAUUGGAAUCGGAAUCGAAAUCAGAAUCAAAUAUUUGGAGAGAAGAUGAAAGUGCUUCUCACAUUUUUGCUAGAUGUGCUGAGGUUCUUAAAAUUUGGAAUGCUAUUGGGCUACCAGGUGCUAGUACAAACCAUGGUAAUAAUGUUAUUGAGUGGUUUUUUGGGUAUCUCAAUGUCUUGACUGGUGAACUACUUGCUAAAUUUGUCAUGGCCUGUUGGGCUAUAUGGUGCAGCAGGAAUGAUAGUGUAUGGAAGGGGGUACCUUUUGACAUGCAUGCGUUGUUGAGGAGGGCACUUACGUUUUGGUCGAAUUGGCAGCAAGCAAACUCUCAGGUUUCCACUAACAUGAGAGUUGUUGGUAAUGAUGUUUGGGUUCGGCCAGCACGAGGACGAAUUAAGCUUAACACGGAUGCGGCAAUUGAUACAACAAAUAAUGCUAUGGGUUUGGGAUGGAUUCUACGUGAUGAUGAAGACAAUUUUUUGGCUGCAAAAAAUGUUAGGAUCACUAGUUCCUACACAGUUAGAGAGGCUGAAGCGAUUUGUUUGAGAGAUGCUUUAAGUUGGUUAAAGGAUACUGGUAUGGGUGCUGCAGAUGUGGAGAUGGAUUCCCAGUUAGUUUUUCAUGCUAUUUCCUAUACUUCUUUUUAUUCUACUUUUGGUCUUUUAGUAGAUGAUAUUAAAGAAUUGGCAUCGUCAAUUGAUGAUGUUGAAUUCCGUUUUGUUAAACGAUCUGCGAAUUGUGCCGCCCACACUGUUGCUUGGGAGGCCCUUUCUAUGUCAGGUUGUGGAGAAUGGUUUGACAUUCCUCCUAUUUUCCUUGUAAACUGUCUUUCUCGUGAUUUAAUGCAUUAA